GGGAGAGAGAGAGAGGGGGAGAGCAAAGCGAGGAAGCGGAGGAGAGAGAAAGACGUGACGGCAGCGGGGAUGAGUGUACGGUGAUCGGUGCUGCGGGUACACACGGAGCCGGAUACUGGUUUUAAAGCCACAGCCAGAGCCUCCUCUUCCGGACCUAACAAUUACGCUGCGAUGUCUGGCGGAGGAGACGUCCGCGUCCUCCGCCAAGAGCCCGGUCAGGAGAGCCCUAGGAUGCCGGCCUGGAAGCGAGAGAUACUGGAGAGGAGGAAGGCAAAGGGUGGCGGGUGUGGAGGAGCCGGUGCCUCCGCAGACACGAGUCCCGGAGGAGCGGGACCGCAGCGGGGGAACGGCGACACGAGUGGCAGUGUGAACGGUAGUAGCGGCAACGGCGGCGGCGGUGGUGGUGGUGGUGGACACGGCGGAGCGAGCAGCGGGUCCGGGCGGAAUUACACCAUCAGCGCAGGCAGCCAGCACUUCUCCCACAACAAAGAGACACGAGCGGCGACGACACCCAGGGAGGAGGAGGAGGACAAACGGGAGAACCUGGUGCUCCAGGAGAGCCUCGGCCCGCUGGAGGAGAACCCCUUUAUUAAGCUGGAGAAGGAGCGGAGGAGACGGCAGGACCGAGAGAGCGCCACCCGUCCGGUGCAGCACAUCCUGGAACUGUACGGUAGCGUACCCGGUAUACGGACCAUCCGCGCAGAGAACAUUAUCAUAAUUGAAUCGGAUCCGGAUUAUUAUCCGGAAGACGGUGCGGCAAAAACCGGGACUAAGUGGCAAACAAACGGUGUGAGCAGUUACAGCUCCCUGAACGACCUCCUGGACCGGAGAGGGAGUGCUGUCACCGAGAUAAGAGCCAAGGAAGUGGUGAUUUACGACACCACGUUAAGCAAGAGUGAGGAGAACCUGAGCACCCUGGGCCAUCAGGACCUCCCGUCGUCAUCAUCUUGUGAGGCAGGACAGGGUCAGGGCAGGGUCAGCCGGAUGCUGCAGAAGUUUGACAGCAACUAUGGGAAGCUACAGAAGAAGUCCCACAGCACAGAGAACCUGCUGGACCUGGACUGUAGUGCCAGCAGCAGACCAAGACUCUGGCGAAAGCCACAUCAGCCAGAUCUGGUGCCAAAGCCUGGACUGGGCCAGGCGGUCAGCAGCCAGCCAUCGUCGCCUGUCUUCCAGAGUUCCUGGUCUUCCAAAGCAAAGCCACAGCCCACUGUCUCUGAGCCAGGCAGCCCCCAGCGUGCCACCGGGCCACCACUGUCGGUACCUUCCACUAGUGGAAGAGAUGAGCCUGACAGGGGGCAAAGCAAGCCCACCAGAGAGAGGGACUGGGAGGCUGCUGAGGUGCAACCCAAACCCAAGGUGCCAUGUUCUCCAGAGACCCGCCGUGCCCGUGCCGAGUUGCCCACAAGCCCCGUCUCGUCCAAGGUUCCCCACAUCUCCCCUCACUUUGAGAUCCGUCCUGCUCCGAAGCCGGACCUCCAACAGAUUCCCGAUGGGGACACUCAGGCGCUGGCCCUGGCAAACCUGCGUCUGCAGUCCCGCAAUUCUUUCAUAGUGAUCCCCAAGCGCCGCCUUGGAACAAGCGCCCCCACAUCAUCUGGCCCCAUCAAGUCUUCCCCCUCCCAUAGGGGGGCAGAGGUGCCCACGCCAGGAGUGCCAACUUCACACACCCCAACACCCAACGUGACCCUCUCAAAGAGGAGGGAGGACGUAGAGAAGGAGACAGAGAGGGUGACGCCCAAGCUCGAACCAUCUCCUGCUGUUGCCACAAGUCCUUCACUGUUUCCAGUCUCAAAACCUUUGUCUCCACCUCCAGGUCUCACCCCACCUCCCUUUUCUCCCCCAGCCCUGUCCUCACCCUCAUCAUCUCCAGCUGUUCCUUCUUCACUCCUUCCCACCUCUCCAGACUCCCCUGUCCCUUCAACGCCGUCUCCAGAACAGCGUCUGGUGGAACAUCUGCCAAUCACAAACAUAGACGACAUCGAGGUGGAGCCCCCGCAGCGUGUCCCUGUCCCUAGCCCCAUGGUGCAGAGGAGGAAGGGGAACACGUUCACUGUGGUGCCUAAACGCAGAGCCGACCCCGAGGCCCAGCCGAGCUCACCCGAGCCCCAGCCAGAAGCUGUAACCGAGGCCCCGCCGGGGUCCACGCCCCCACAGGCCCCGUAUUCUCAGCUGGGCUCGCUGCUGAAGAAACGCUACCCUGCUGUCGAGGAGAUCGAGGUCGUCGGUGGGUACCUGUCCCUCGCCAAAUCCUGCCUCUCCAAGACCGGCUCCACGGGCAAGAAGCUGCAAAUCUCCUUCAACGAGUCCAGUCUGCAGAGCACUUACGAGUAUCCGUCUGAGAGCAGCGUGUGGGACAGCGGGGACGAGGACGACGAGGACGGGAAGAUGUCUGACGAGCAGCCGAGCAUGGUGGGACGCAUCCACAUCCCUCGACCCAGUUUCACCACCUCACCCACGCACGCGGGCAACAGCAACGAUCUGUCCAGCUACAUUCCCAAACACUCGGUGGACUUCAGCGCCUGGCAAGAACACAAGCAUGAAACCGAGAGUGUUCUCCAGGAAGAUGCGGCUUCCCAACACACACAGAUGACAGAGGAAGUUAUGCUCACACCGGCAGACAGUUCCUCGCUGUCCGACUACAGCAGUGAACCCGCCCUUUACUUCUGACCCGCCUCCACCUCCAUGCUCCGCCUCUAAGCACAGCCAUUUCCUGUUGGGAAAGGAAAAAUGUAUUGUUAUUAUUAUUGUUGUUGUUAUUGUUAUACUUUUUUUUGG